GCCGCCUAUCCAGAUAAGGCGCCAGGGCCACCUGCCGCCCCGAAAGCCGUCGACUGCCACCAAUGGACACCACCGCCUCAUGGCGCCUCGUCGCCCCUGCCUCCUCGUCGCCUGUGCUCCAACCCAAACGGCAAGCACCUUUCGCUCCUUCGUCGCUUCGCCGCCCCGCGAUCUCCAAGUCCAGGCUCCUCUGCCUCCUCCAUGACAAGCCUGCCCCUACCGCGCAGAGCUCGCAGCUGCGGAAGCUGGCAUCCGUGUUGCAGUGCGGCGCCGUCUGGGCAGCGGUGGAGGCCCCGGCUGCUCUGGCGACGGUGAGCGGGGAGGAGGACCUCGACAUCCUGGGGAUUCUGCCGCCGGUGGCGGCGAUCGCCUUCGUGUACCUCUUCAUUGCUCCCCCGAUUAUCAUGAACUGGAUGAGGCAGAGGUGGUUCAAGCGCAAGUUUGUCGAGAUGUACCUGCAGUUUAUGUUCACCUACCUCUUCUUCCCCGGGUUGAUGCUGUGGGCACCGUUCGUCAACUUCAGGAAGUUCCCAAGGGAUCCGACCAUGAAGUACCCUUGGUCCAAACCGAAGGAAGGCACACCGCUGUUCAAGGACAGAUACCCGCAAAUUGACUCCUUCAGAAAGAAGUACUUCUAGUACUAUGUGUAGAAUAUACAGAUGGAUCACGACCACAUUUCGUUGCGUGCAGAUAUAUAUGUGCAGGGUUCUGUAACACAAAAUGUCACACAAUCUACUUGGAGUUGGGAUUAAAGGGCAUUUCCAAUGAAAAUAUUAUGUCCUAAGCAUUUUCUGAAGGCCAAA